AUGUCUUCCGCCGCUAAAAAGCCCGUGGUUCAACAACCCGAAUGGAUUAAGCCUACCCGCCAGACAGACGAUGCGCCAGUGUUACGCAUAUAUAAUUCAUUGACUCGUAGUAAGGAAGAGUUUAUUCCGCUCAGAAACAAUCACAUUACCUGGUACUGUUGUGGGCCUACUGUGUACGAUCAUUCGCACAUGGGACAUGCUAGAAACUAUGUUUCCACCGAUAUUUGCAGACGGAUCUUGCAGGACUAUUUUGGUUACAAUGUCAAGUUCAUUCAGAACGUCACCGAUAUCGACGACAAGAUUAUCAUAGCCGCACGUCAAGAGUACCUUUUCGAACAGAAAUUGGCUCUGAAAUACAGUGCUGUUACUCCUGAAUUGUUAGAUGAGUCAAAGAAGUACCUUGAGUAUUACAUUACCAAGACCUUACCUCAAUUUGAAGGCUCUAGCAUCGAGAAAGACUUCAUUCCAUGGUUAGACUCAGUAAACGUACAGGAAAUUGCAGUUACAAACCCCAAAUUUCCAAUGUAUACCAAGGCUGGAAGAACUGCCCAUGUAUCCAUUUACUCGUCAACUUCAGAAACCACUCCACUUGACGACUAUUUAUCGUCUAUUAAGGAAGUUGCAAUGCCCUUUUUGGAUAAUGAAUUUGGCUCAACUGUUAAUGAUCCUUCAAUCUUCAGAAAAUUACCUUCGUAUUGGGAAAAAAAAUUCAUCGAAGACAUGGGAAAAUUAAACGUAUUACCACCUUCUAUUACUACAAGAGUGUCAGAAUAUAUCCCCGAGAUUAUUGAGUUUGUUGAAAAAAUUAUCGAUAACGGGUAUGCUUAUGCUACCAAGGAUGGUUCUGUUUACUUUGAUACAACCAAAUUCGAAAAUGAUCCAAACCACGAUUACGCCAAGUUACAACCUUGGAACAAAGGUGACAUGUCGUUAAUUAACGAUGGUGAAGGUUCGCUUAGUACGGGCCAAGACACAAAGAAGAACGCCGCAGAUUUCGCUUUAUGGAAGGGCUCCAAGCCAGGUGAACCUUCAUGGCCAUCUAAAUGGGGUAAAGGUAGACCUGGCUGGCAUAUCGAAUGUUCAGUAAUGGCUUCAGACAUGACUGGAAAAACUAUGGAUAUACAUUCCGGUGGUGUAGAUUUGUGCUUUCCACAUCAUGAUAAUGAGUUAGCUCAGUCAGAAGCAUACUUUGAUAACAAGCAAUGGGUUAAUUACUUUAUGCACAAUGGUCAUUUACAUAUACAAGGCCAAAAGAUGUCAAAAUCAUUAAAGAAUUUCAUCACUAUUGAAGAGGCCUUAAAUGAUUUCACAAGCAGACAAUUGAGAUUAGUAUUUGCUUUAAGUUCUUGGGACAAGCCAAUCGAUUUUAAGGAUAGUUUAGUUAAAGAAGUUAAAUCGUGGGAAUCAUCGGUUUCUAAAUUCUUCACCACCGUUCGUGCUUUGAAUAAUGAUUACAAGCAUACGUUAGCUGAAGGUGGUUACGUAUCAAAGAAAUUUUCCCUGGCCGAGAGACAAUUAUUCGACGAUUUAACUAAAGCUCAGACCGAAACCCAUGCUGCAUUUUGUGAUAACUUAUCUUCUCCAUUAGUCUUAAGGAAUAUACAAGAAUUGGUGUCUAAAUCUAAUAAUUAUAUCCAAUCCUGUUCCACUGGAGAAAAUGAAUUAAGAAUAGAAGUUUUAUUAGAAAUUUCCAGCUGGAUUGUUAAAAUCUUAAAUAUUUUGGGUUUCGAGACUAGAUCUGAUAAAUUAGGAUGGUCAGAUUCAAAUGGAUCAGAUUCUGAAGGUAGUUCUUCCAAAGAAGAUAUCGCCAUGCCUUAUGUCAAAGCAUUAUCUCAAUUCCGUGAUGCAAUUCGUAACAUGGCGAUUAAUAAGGCAUCAUUUGGUGAGUUUUUAAACGCAUCUGAUUCCAUUAGAGCAGAUUUAAUUAACUUGGGAAUCUCAUUAGAUGAUCGUCCAAAUGGUUCAGCAUUGAUUAAGUUUUUGAAUCCUCAAGAGCAGGAUGAGUUAAAGAAACAGCAAGCCGAUAAGGAAAAUGCUAUGUUAGAAAAAGAAAAGAAAAAACAACAACAAGCGAUAGAAAAAGCGAAGAAGGAACAAGAACGCUUGGAUAAGAUGAAAGUCAAUCCAUCUGAUUUAUUCAAGGAUCCUAAGUUGUAUUCUGAAUGGGAUGAACAGGGUAUACCUACCAAGGAUGUCAACGGCGAAGAAAUUUCUAAAAGUAUGAGGAAAAAAUUAGCCAAGCAAUACCAACAACAAGAGAAGCUCUAUCAGGAGUUCUUGAAAUUACAAAAUCAAUAA